AAACGUAAACAACUUGUUUACGUUCUGUACAUAUUUCUCUUUGCAUGUUUUUAACCUAGCAGGGUGAAGGAAUGAACAUGAGCAAAAUGGACCAAGCGUUGAAGAAGAAACUGCAGACUUUUCUGAACGACAUGCUAAAAUUUGGAACUGUCAAAGGAUUCAAGUAUUUCUCUAUGUAUCUGAGAGGACGUGAAGAGAUGAUGAUCAACAUUCUGAAUGAACCUCAUAAUCUGGGUUCUCGCUCAAGUGAACCCACCUCACCUUGUAUUUUGCCAUCUGAUGUGAACCCAAGCAGCAGUUUCACAUCACAUAACCUACCCUAUGACACGCAAUCCUUGCUGAUGUCACAGAGAUCUCAGAUGGCCCUGAGUGGUUACGGUAGUCAGGGGGUGGGGCUACCCCCAGCCUCGCCCAGUGAAGAGGAGCCCAGUAAGGAUUUGAACUCCACUGUGUUUUUGAUUGCUGGGUAUGCCAAGUACAGCUGUCCUUAUGUAUGGGUGCGGUCAAAUCAUGAGCGUCUGGUGCGCCUGACGGGAGAAGAGGGAGGUGAACGGGACAGCCCCCUCAAACUCAAGUGCAGUGCUAAGUGGAAAGAUACAGACGUAAAAAUUUGGGAUGUGAUCUCGGAACUCAUCAAACUUUGCACUUAUCCUGUGCCAAGGAACCCAUUUGAGGUGGAUGUGGAAUACAUUGAUUGUCUCCCUUUGAAGGAGAGGGUUUUAGUGACGGGAUCAUUGGCAAACUCCCUACAAAAAAUCAUGCUUCAUACGAAAGAUGAAAAACAUUAUUCCGGGAAAGUUUUUGAUGACCUACAUCUGGUAACUAGGAAACACUUUGAAGGGUUGCAGAAUCUUGUGCGACAAAAACAAAUUCCAGGCGUAGAGAAUUUCCUGCAAGAGGAGCGCAAACAACAGCAAAAUCUGCAACGAGAAGCGCAAGUACAUGCCCGUGCAACGCAGCGCAAGCGCUAUCCCAGUCAGACAUACACAGAGCAGGCAGCUGCAGCGUAUGGCCUGCAGUCCACGUAUGGUGGUCCAGAAGUGUCAACUGGUCGUCCAGCUGACCCUUUCUCUCAGCAGAACCAAUAUGGUCGUCAGGGUCAUGUGGGGUUUGGAUAUGGGCAAACACCAAGUAUGUUCUAGAUGCAAGACUGCGUGUGAAGAACUGUUCCAUGCUCAUUUCACAUCUGACAUGUAUAACAUGUGGCCCCAGUAUACUGACAAUCCAGUAUAUCAAUACUGACACUCUUCACCCUCUCCCCUGAACGAAGAAAAGGUUGGGGUUGUCUUUAUUCCAAAGUAUCUGAUGUGCAGCCUGUAAGAAUUUUGAUGGUUUGUAAACAGACCAACAUCUCUGUAUGUCUCUCUGGGCAAGGUGUUGUAACAAACACUAGUAUGUGUAUAGCUCAUGUAUAUUUUGUAAGAAAUUUGAAAGAAUCAUGUGGAAGAAGUUUUUAUGGUUCACCCACUUUACAUCAGUGUACUUUGCAUCAUUUGUGGAUGACAUUUUGCCAUAAAGGAGGUGGAAUCUCAACUGCUUUUAAAAUAUUGUGUCCGGAUGCCAUAUCUACCUGAUUCAACAUCACAUCAGGCAUUUGUUUGAACAGUAUUGGAAGAUUAGAUUUAUGCCCUCACAUUUGUUAUCCCCACGGAAUUUUAAGGAAUUUUAGAAAGGAUACUUUUUAAAAUCUCAGUUAACUUCACCAUAUUACAGGAGGCAGAGGUUAGCAACAUCCACAUUUUAUAAGAAUUUUAAGUGCUAUGACUGCUUCAAUCUUAAGUUGUUCUAUAGCAUCAAAUUGGUAAAUACAUAUAUGAUGGAUGUAUAUAUAUAUAUAUAUAUACAAUCGGCGAGUUUUGUGUUGGAACUCUUUUAUUGCUGAAGGUACAAAAAGUCGACCAGUAUCAUUUGGCUAGUUCCCUGCCCCUUACGUCAGAUGGCGCUCAAUGCUUCGUACAUUCAAGAUGCGCAUAAUUCAAGGAAUCACACUACUUUAUCACGUGGCAUGUCCAAAAUGUUAGGUAACUAUUUUGUAUCAUGGGCGUGUGAGAAAAUUUUUACAAAAGUUAUUUAGUCUAUAGAAUAGACGAAUGGAUGGGUGCAGAAAAUUGAAAAGCUGAACGUUUGUGAACUUGAGAAGUUUCCCAUCCUGGUUUGAUACAGGAAAAUCAAAUGUGGAAUCCAAUCUCAGGCUGACUGAGCAGUUAAUGUUUUCUCCCAGAAGAUUAAGGCAUAUUGUGAGAGACUGUAUGAGGCAGUUGGUACGAUGUUUCGGUUGUCCCCAUUUUCUACACCAAUGUAUAUCUUGACCCAGAUCAUAAAAACGAAAUAUUUUUAACUACAGCAUAAUACACCGAUUUAACAAAGGAAAAAAAAGUUAAUAUGUGUAUGUAUAUAUUUUUUCUGUCAAAAUAUAUUUGUGUAUAAAGUACCGGUAAUGUUUACACGUAUAUGUA